AGUCUUGUGGCCACUUUUGUAAGAACAACAUGUUCCGUGCUCAGCAUCAGCAUUGAGGACGAUCAGGAAGAGCACGAGGAGCUAGAGCAACGCGCAAUGUUGGCCCGUCUGGUGGGCUAUGGCUAUUGUCUGGCCUAUCUUAUAGCCCUGCACAGUUGGCCUAGUGAUGCCUAUCCAGCCGCAGGGUCAUCAACGACCGGCAAUGGCUAUAGAGAUCUUGAUAUAUGCAAUCAUUGGAAUGGCAGGCGUCACUUUCUUGAGCUAGGUAGUCCGCCCGGAGAGCUGCAUGCUCGUAAUGUAAGCAAUACGGCUUAUCGGAGCACUUCGCUGGGUGAUCCUGCCGCCACCAGCGAUCUUUGGUAUCAAUGCAAUUUGGAGCUGGUCACCUGUGCGGAAUGCGUGAUACGUGUUACGAUUACCUAUGCCAAUUUCUCAAAGACAUGCGGCAAAUCCUCGACCACAACAAGUCUGUGUCCCUGUGAGCACAUACAAUUCUCGGAGCCCCCAUAUGACUCGACAAUAUCGGGUCAAGAAUUUUGCGGCGAUGGCAAAGUCUUUCGCAGUAAAACGAGAACACUUCAAUUGAAAUUCUUCUAUAGAGCCACCAAUUCUCAUGUCUUUUCUUUGCAAUAUUUCUCGGAACGCAAUGUACGCAUAGUGAGCGGCUCACCCAAGCAGACCAUUGUGAAUGGGAAAACAGGUAAAGCCUUGCCCCAGGUCAUAUCGACGCCAUAUUUUCCUAUGCCCUAUCCCCGGGAUUAUGGCAUUGAGCAUAUUCUAACCUGCGAGGCCGAGAAUUGUCAAGUGCGUUUAAUUUUCACCGAUUUUCAAUUGGGUCUGGCCAGCACCUUGGAGAUCUUUGAUUCGAAUGGUCAAAUGUUGGACUCCUACACGGGCGAACACUUUCGUCCGCCCAUUACCAUAAGUAGUGGCAAAUCGUUGCUAUUACAAUUCCGUGGCAAUGCGGCAACUGGCAUUGGUUUCCGGGCCGAAGUCAGUUUUGUGUCAUCAAAGCAAUUAAAGGAUGAGCGACUAGUGCCCUACACAGAUUGUGGCGGCAUGGUCACUGGUCCUGGUGGAGCCAUCACCAUGAUGAAUAUGAUUGAAAAUGUCACAGAUGUUCGGCUCUUUGAUUGCAUAUGGAUAAUUAAACCCGGUAAUAACUACAUGAUGAUGAAGACUCACAUCUCAUUGAGAGUGGAUGAAUUUUAUGGCAUGGCUGCCAGAUCAGAGCUAACCAUACGACAGGGAACUACAUCAGAUGCAGUGGAAAUCGAGAGUAUUAUGUGGCCAAAUAAUGGACUAAGCAAGGAAACACACAUAGCACCAAUAUUGGGCGGUUAUUAUAUACGUUUGCGUGGCGUUUUUGGCAUGUCCUCCAAAUUGGCCAUAGUUUAUAGCGUCUUCAAUUAUUUGAAUUGCUACAUUGGCUCAGAGUUUUUGUGUGGGAAUAAUCACUGCAUUUCGAUACGUUUGCACUGCGAUGGCUUCGAUCAUUGUGGCGAUGGUAGCGAUGAGCCGGAUUCGUGCGAGGAGGACUGGGCGCAUUUGCAUCACGAUCGUCGUUGGUACUCACACAAGCCUAACUAUUAUUUUCCCAAAAUGGAUCAGUAUCCCGAUUUGAAGACAGCCACCAGCAUCUUUAUAAUCAGUACACUUGGCAUUUUCGGUGUUCUAUCCGGCUGGAUGGUCAUUUUAUAUCGCAUGGGUGUGAGGGCGCGGCAUCAGCGUGAAUUGCAGAGCCAUUUGCAGACAAUUAGCGAGCUGCUUGAUCGCCAGGAUGAGGAUCGCACCCCGGAUGAACCGCCGAGCUAUGAAGCUCCGCCAGAUUAUGAGGAAGUUAUCAAAAUUGGCAUGCAGCAGGAGUUACGUGAGCCAAGACGCGGCCAGCGACGCGGACGACGACAUCCUCCGCGGGAGCGUGAUCGGGAUCGUAGCUGUAGUCGUGCUCCAAGUAAUUGCACCAUGCAAUCAAUGUUGCCAUUGCAGAGCAAUUGUGGCUUAGAAAGAGAUUGUGAUCAAGAUCGUCCUAGUACCUCGGCAGCGGCCAUGACGCAUGCUAUAGCCUCCACAGAUACAACCCAGGAUGCUGAACAUUCUCGUGAUAAUCUUGCGCAGCGCAUGCUCUUGGCCAGCGCCAUUUGUGGCGCUCCAAGCGCGUCUCAAGCGUCAGCAGCGGUCCAGAGUCCAGCCACGUGUCAAUCCGUGGGGAUUUCAACGAGCCCGCCACCGUUAUCCCAUGGGCGUGAACUAUCCCCAGCCCGUGCGCCGCACCCAACGACGCCCAACAGUGGAGCGGAUACCGGCACUGGUACUGGCACCGCCUCCGCCACCACCGGCACCGACGGUGACGGAGAUUCACUCAAUAUAUCACUCACUUUAGGCCUGCCGUCGACCACAGUAGGCAGUUCGCAGUCCACUUCUGUUCAGAAUCCAUUAUCGAAUCAAUUAACAACAAGCAAUUGCACCGAGCACACAUAUUUAAAGCGCUCCUGGCUAGUUGUGCAUCAGCAUCCACAUGGUCACAGCUGCCGGGUGCAGCGUCUGCGUCACACCUUCUCAUCCCCCGAGGCAUUCAGUGCCAAUGAAAUGCAUCUACCAUAUCCAGAUUUCCUUAGCUACGGCACCAAUUUGCCCCACGAACGGAGUAGCAGUAACUUUGGUUCCGAAUUGUCCCGAGAUCCAUCCUCCACAUUCAGUUUCGGUGUCAAGCGUGCUCGCCCAGUAUCGCCAAAACCACCGCCAGCGAGUGAGUCGCCCACUUUGACCGAAGGUAACUCAACAUGCGAGGAAUCUCUUGUGAUAGCUCCUCCUCCUCCGGGCAGUUACAGCGAAAGCGAAAGUGAGGCAGAACAGCAGGUAUCUUGCUUUGGGGCCGUUGUCUCCCAGCAUAUGACGAAACGUCGACGCAAUUCAGGACCCGGACGAAGUCGGUCUUUCAGCAACACACAUGGUGGAACAGUGCGCAGAUCUAGAAAUCGACGUGCCAUGCAACGCAGCUCAUCAGCAGAUCUAUUAAUGGAUUAUGCUACCAUGGCCAGAUCAACGCCACAAAGAAGUAGCGAAGCUAUGCAACGUUUGUUCUUUAUCUAGUCUGGAGUAGGAGAAGCAACAAGAGAGUAGAAGGAUAAUAAAUGGGAACGAUAGUAUUAUAUCUAAAGUAAUUCUUGGACGGAAUCUGGUCGUUAGCUUGUAUUAUAUAUAUAUAUAUAUCACUUGUUAUAAUUUAUAAACCAAAACAAUAAACAAAAAAGACAACACUUAUUACCCAGAGAA